AUCAAGGAAAAGAAAGGAGAAGCCAUAACAAUCUCCUGUGAUGGCACAUGGCAGAGAAGGGGGUUCCACAGCAAAAAUGGUGUGGUCACUCUUCUCACUGUGGAUGGGCCUAACUCAAAAGUUCUUGGCACUGAGGUUCUCAGUAAUUAUUGCAACCCGUGUGCAAAACAUAAGAAGACUAAAACUGAGGCUGAGUUACAGGCAUGGAAGCUGUCUCAUGCUCAGAAUUGUGAUAAGAAUCACAGUGGAUCUGCAGGUAGCAUGGAGCCCACUGGAGCAUUGGAAAUGUUCAGGCAAAGUGAGCAGUUGUAUGGUCUGCGCUAUGUUUAUUUUCUUGGAGAUGGAGACAGUAAAUCAUACACAUCAGUUGCAAAUGCAGAACCACCUGUGUAUACACUGAUGUGGGUAUUACAAAACUAG